AUGACAAAGAUAAGACAAUUUUACAAUAAGAGUCAGAAUAUUGCAAAAUGUUUGUCUUGUGAUCUUUGCAACCAACUUCUCAUUGACGCCACCAAAAUCAUCGACUGCUUUCAUACUUUUUGCAAAGAGUGCUUAGAUUCUAAAAUGGAACAAGAAGAAUUGGAAUGUUGUCCUGUAUGCGGCAUUGAUUUAGGCACUGAUCCUUCUACCAAAAUGAGGGCGGAUAUUAGCUUGCAGAACAUGAGGAAUAGGCUAUUUCCUGUUGGGAAAGAAAAGGAAGCAUUUGAAAAUCUUCCAAAAGUUCUGAUGAAAGCCAAUGGGCAUCCUAUACCUAAGGUGCAACAGACUGGUACUUCAAGCUCUAGACCUAAAAGAAAAUUUAAGAAAUCAAAAGUGACAAAUUCUGAAGAACAAAUCAAUAAGAAAGGAUGA